GCGCCUCAUGGAAAAUAAACAACAUAGCCCCAGUUGCAGAACCUUGUCUCUGCUUCACCAUUCUCACAAUUGUGGAGUCCAAAGGGAUCAAAUAAUCUCUUCAACCCAGAAGAAGAAAAAGGAGAAAUUAGAGAAGUUGCUAUAGCUAAUAGCUAUAACUGGCUUAGCUAUAACAUUUAUUUAUUUAUUUUAUUUUGGGGUACAAAAUGGGAAGACCACCUUGCUGUGACAAAAUUGGGAUUAAGAAAGGGCCUUGGACUCCUGAGGAAGACAUCAUCUUGGUCUCUUACAUUCAAGAACACGGACCCGGGAAUUGGAGAUCGGUUCCCACUAAUACAGGUUUGAUGAGAUGCAGCAAAAGCUGCAGACUCAGAUGGACCAACUAUCUCCGACCUGGCAUCAAACGAGGGAAUUUCACCGAUCAUGAAGAGAAAAUGAUAAUCCACCUCCAAGCUCUUUUGGGUAACAGAUGGGCUGCUAUAGCUUCCUACCUUCCACAAAGGACAGACAAUGACAUAAAGAACUAUUGGAAUACCCAUUUGAAGAAGAAGCUGAAGAAGAUGCAAAGUGGGAGUGAUGAUGAUGAUAAUAAUGAUGACAAAUUAAACUCUUGUAAUUCACAAAUAAAGGGUCAAUGGGAAAGAAGACUUCAAACAGAUAUCCACAUGGCCAAACAAGCCUUGUGUGAGGCCCUAUCCCUCGACAAACCAACCCAAAUUUUCCCAGAGACCAAAUUACCCUCCACUUCUUCACACAACCCCACAACAACACCAAACCAAACAUCCUUGUAUGCAUCAAGCACAGAAAACAUAGCCAAAUUGUUGGAGAAUUGGAUGAAGAAAUCCCCAAACAUCACAACAAUAACCGAAACAAAACCCUUCAACAUUAAUAACAUGGUAGCCACAGGGUCUAGUUCAAGUGAGGGAACACAAAGCACAAUCACAUGCACACAGGACCAUGCCCUUGACUCCUUGUGGAGCUUCAACUCUGAACGCUCUUGUCAAUCUGAAGAAAACACCAACUUGGGUGAGAGCAAGCCACAGUACCAAGAGGCGCAAGUUCCUCUCAUGUUGCUGGAGAAUUGGCUCUUUGAUGAUGCUGCACCUCAGUGCAAUGAAGAUCUAAUGAACAUGUCACUCGAAGAAAGUACAGAAGGGUUGUUCUAGUUGAUCCUGACGAUGUAGCAUACUAGAUGUCGGAACAAAAUCCAUGUAACCAAAUCAAGCACAAAGGUAUUUGAAAAAAAAAAAAAAGAAAGAAAGAGUAUGCGUGCGUGUGUGAAUUAGACUUUAUUAGAGUUCUUGGAAAUGGAACUACUUUUCUAGGUCCCCCAGUAGGAAGGUAACUCCCUCAAUACAAAACAAAGUGUACAUUACAAGUACAUCUACAACUAUGAUAAUGUUAGCUUAUCUUCUUAUCUAUUAUAUAUUGUGUACUUUUUAGCACGGGUUUCGCUA